AUGCGACAAUGGCUGCAGGUCUUUGCACGGCGAAGAGCUGCCAUAAGCACUCCUUCUGCCUCAGUAUGGCCAUGGCCGUCAUUCCGUAAAAAUGUCGCUUGUCCUUCAAGUUUUCCCCGACGAACCUUUGCAACUACUGUUGUUCGCACUGCAGCGCCAUCGGCUCCGCCCACUGAACUCGAAAGGCGGAUCGCGGCCAUCCCGAUCGAGCGGUAUCGCAAUUUCUGCAUUGUCGCACAUGUCGAUCAUGGCAAAAGCACACUUAGCGACCGACUGCUGGAGUUGACCGGGACGAUUCAACCAGGGUCGAACAAGCAGGUUUUGGAUAAGCUAGAUGUGGAAAGAGAACGCGGAAUCACGGUCAAGGCGCAGACGUGUUCGAUGAUCUACAAUUACAAGGGCGAGGAUUACCUGCUGCAUCUGGUCGACACCCCCGGUCAUGUCGACUUCCGCGCCGAGGUCUCUCGCAGCUAUGCCAGCUGUGGUGGUGCCCUGUUGCUCGUAGAUGCCAGCCAGGGCAUUCAGGCCCAGACUGUCGCCAACUUCUACCUGGCCUUCUCGCAAGGUCUGACUUUGAUUCCUGUCAUCAACAAGGUCGACCUGCCACACGCCGACCCUCCCCGGGCUUUGGAGCAGAUGCACGAUACGUUCGAACUGGACCCCGACAGCGCGGUCUUGGUAUCUGCAAAGACGGGGCUGAAUGUGGAGAGCAUUCUUCCCGCUGUUAUUGAAAAGAUUCCUGCGCCGGUCGGCGACCAUACCAAGCCAUUACGCUUGUUUCUAGUGGACUCAUGGUACUCGGCCUACAAAGGGGUGAUUCUGCUGGUACGACUAUUUGACGGAGAACUUCGGGCCGGCGACCAGAUCGUCUCUUUCGCCACUGGGCUCAAGUACACCGUGGGAGAGGUUGGGAUCAUGUAUCCUGAUCAGACGCCUCAAAAAGUCCUCCGAGCAGGACAGGUAGGAUACGUCUAUUUCAAUCCGGCCAUGAGGAAGAGCAACGAAGCAAAAAUCGGCGACACGUACACCAAAGUGGGGUUUCAGAGACAAGUCCAGCCGUUGCCUGGGUUCGAGGAGCCGAAGCCGAUGGUGUUUGUGGCCGCCUUUCCCGUGGACCAAUCCGACUUUGAACAUCUUGAAGACAGCAUCAACCAAUUGUUACUCAACGACCGUAGCGUGACAGUGCAAAAAGAGUCGUCUCAAGCUCUUGGAGCUGGCUUCCGGCUCGGGUUCUUGGGCACACUGCACUGUUCUGUGUUUGAGGAUCGACUACGACAGGAGCACGGGGCCAGUAUUAUUAUCACCCCACCCACGGUGCCUUUCAAGGUGAUAUACAAGACCGGCAAGGAAGUCGUGGUGACGAAUCCGGCCGAAUUCCCGGACAGCGAGGAGACACGUCGCAACGUGGCCGAACUGCGCGAGCCGUACGUGCUGGCCACCAUGACAUUUCCUGAGGAGUAUCUAGGUAAAGUGAUGGAGCUGUGCGAGGCCAACCGUGGCGAACAAAAGUCGAUGGAGUACUUUACCUCUUCCCAAGUCAUUCUCAAGUACGAGAUGCCCCUGGCGCAACUGGUCGACGACUUUUUCGGAAAACUCAAGUCCUCCACAAAAGGCUAUGCCACGCUCGACUACGAAGAGGCCGACUGGCGAGUGAGCAAUAUUGUUAAGUUGCAGCUGCUGGUCAACAAGGAGCCUGUGGAUGCCAUUUCUCGUGUCCUUCAUCAUUCCCAGGUCCGCCAUGUCGGCAAACAAUGGGUCGAGAAGUUCAAGGAGCACGUCGACCGCCAGAUGUUCGAGGUCGUCAUUCAGGCUGCCGUAGGCAAGCAGGUCGUCGCCCGCGAGACCAUCAAGCCCUUCAGAAAGGAUGUCACUGCCAAAUUGCAUGCCGCCGACGUUUCCAGACGGAGGAAGUUGCUGGAAAAGCAGAAGGAAGGUCGCAAGAAGCUGAAGGCAGUGGGCAACGUCGUUAUUGAGCACUCUGCUUUUCAGGCAUUUUUGGCAAAAUAG